AUGAGGAGUAGAAAUGUGUAUGGACACUUUUCCGAACUCGGCCUCUAUACCAAAGAUUUGACCGCCGGCACAUUUUUGGCCGCGCUGCCGUGCUUCUACGCCAAAAGCCAUUGUCACAAGAGUGUCACCGAACUUCUCACCAGCAAAGGAGCCAAUGUUGAUAUCAAAAAUGUUCAGAAUCAGACACCUCUUCAUCAUGCUGCUUCCCAUGGUCACAAGAGCGUCACUGAAGUUCUCAGCCGUAAAGCAAACGAUCUUAAUAUUAAAAAUUAUUUUAAUAACACACCUCUUCAUUUGGCAGCUAUGAAUGGUCACGGAGGUGUCGCUGAUGUGCUUCUCAAGAAUGGAGCUAACGCUGAUAUUGGAGAUGAUUUGAAUACCACAGCUCUUCAUUUAGCUGCAUUAGAUG